CAAACACCCCGUUAAUUGGUCGCAACCAAACAAUCGAGAUCGCCAUAUCCACAACCAUGCCACGUGUACGUAACAAAAUACACACCUGCGCAUUUUAACCUCCGCCGCCCUCAGUCCACCUUUCACGGCGGCGUUAACCCUAAAAAUAAACACAAAAAAUGUCUCUCACCACCACUCUCUCCUCACCAAACCUUCUCCCUCUUCCUCACCUCAGCUCCCAUGCACCUCACCGCACACAAUCAUUCCCCAUGGCCGCCAUCCUCCGCCAUAUAAACCCUAUCCGCCGCCGCUCCCGCUCCUUCGCCAUCUCCGCCGCCGUCCGUCAACCGGACACCACGCUCUGGACUCCCUCACCUCUCGCCGGAGUAAAACCUGCCGCUGAAUCUCUCUUCCACGUCACAAUUGACGUCUCCGAUUCUCCAGAUCUGGCGUCAACGUACACCGUUGCCGGUCAAUAUCUCCAGAUCCGGAUCCCUAACGUGGAGAAACCGUCGUUUUUAGCCAUCGCUUCUCCUCCGUCUGUGGCGGUUACGAACGGUGUGUUUGAGUUUUUGGUUAAAAGUAUCGCUGGAUCUACGGCGGAGCUGUUGUGUGGUCUCGGAAAAGGAGAUGUUGUGGAGCUGAGUCCGGUUAUGGGGAAAGGAUUUGGUGUGGAUCAGAUAUCUCCACCGGAGGAUUAUCAGUCUGUUUUUAUUUUUGCUACUGGAUCUGGAAUUAGCCCCAUUCGAUCUUUAAUCGAAUCAGGCUUUAGCGUGGACAAGAGAUCAGACGUGAGAUUAUAUUACGGUGCAAGAAACCUUCAAAGAAUGGCUUAUCAGGAUAGAUUCAAAGCCUGGGAGUCUUCCGGAGUUACCAUUGUUCCCGUGCUGUCUCAGCCUGAUGAUGGUUGGGCCGGUGAAGCUGGCUAUGUACAGGCGGCUUUUGCUAGAGCGAAACAACUUUACGCACCUGAUUCAACAGGUGCUCUGCUUUGUGGCCAAAAACAAAUGGCAGAGGAAGUUACUUCUAUUCUUGUUGGCAAUGGUGUACCCGGUGAGAAGAUCUUGAAGAACUUCUGAGAUCCAGUUUAGUGGAUUGUUUCAUUCAUCCCAUAAUGCUGAGUGUCAAGCAUCUCUCAGUCUGGGAUCACAGAAUAACAUCAUUUUUUAGAUGUAAAUUUACAGUUGUUACCUACAUAAAUACGCAGCACAUUGGGUUUUCUGUUGUUCAGAAAGAUUACAAGCCCAAAUAGAAUGUACCUUAAUUUAUGUAGAAGAUGAUGAUCCAAGUUUUGUACCAUGCACAUUGUAGAAUGGCAUUCAAAUUUUGUUACUUGUGUUUUAAUUUACUGGGCA